CAGGUCAGUGAUACCUGAAUCCAAAACAAAACAACAAAAACCAGGGGUGAGGAUGUGAUUCCCCUAUAAAGCAUGAAGCUCUGGGUUCCAUCCCCAACCCAGCAUGGUGGAGCAGCCAGAGGAGUGGAGGGAGGGGUCAUUAAAAUCAUAACUUAAAGGUCAUCUUUGGUUGCAAAGCAAGUUUGAGGCCAGCUUGGGUUACGUGAGACUCUGUCUCAAAGGGAUUUAAAAAAAGAAAAAAGAAAGAAAGAAAGAAAGAAAGAAAGAAAGAAAGAAAGGAAGGCAGAAAGAAAGAAAAGAAAAGAAAGGGGGAGGGGAGAGAGAGAGAGAAAGGAGGAAAGACAAAGGUUAGAAACUAAAAAAUAAAAGUAAAUAAAAUUUUAAUUUUUAAAUUAAAAGAAGAGACAAGUACAUAAAGAGCUGUGGUGGCCAGUACAGCUUUGUUUUGUUUUUAAGGGUCUGAAAUGCAGCAGUUUGUUGGAAACAGGCAGGCAGGGGAGGGCAGCGGUCAGCACCAAGCUCUAAGCAGAGGCUGGCAGGGACAAAGAGCUAGCUGCCUUCCUGGAUGAGGGCUGGAUGAGCAAGAGACCUGGUGAUGGGAGCCGGCGAGGCCCACUGGAGGAACUAGAAAUAGAAGCAGGAGCAGCUGGAGUCGAGUCUCCUCUCUCCAGAUGCCGCAGCCUGUCAGAAGCAAGACUCACUCGGGAAAAGGGCUUCUCUUCUGCACAUAGGACAGAGUCUGUUUUGUUUCUCGCCUACUCUGUCUGGCUCCUCUCCAACACCAGUUCUUAAGGCUCUGGACAUACACAAUUCCACAGGCCCCUGUCCCAGGAUCCAGAAACAGAGGACAGCAACAUCCGGCAUGCUCGGUCAGGCCCCGCUCUUCUAGCUUCAUUGCAGUCCCCGGUCCCUGGCAACCACCCACCAAAUCCCUUUCUGUGCCAUGGUGUGUGGAAACGGGACACUGGACAGUCAUUUUAGCUGAUUUGUUCAAUUUGUUUCCUGGGCUUUGGGCAACCCAGCCCAUCUGUGGAUGGCUGGAAGCGGCAUCCGGACAGCACGCCUUCCUAGCCACCUCCUAGGGGCUCCCCAAGGGCUGCCUUCCGUUUUCUUUCCAGGGGUCCGUAGAAUACAGUCCUGACUGUUUUCCAAGGCACGAACCGGCAUAAUAAGCACAAGGCGUCUCCAUGGCACCUUUCAUUGAGCUUAUUGGAGCGUUCUGCAGAUGCCACGGAACACCGAGCCAAGUCCCAGGAACACGUUCUGAACCCCAGGAGCUGCACACCGCUUUAUUAGGUAGUUUAUUGGCGCAUCAAAUCUGGAGUCUACCACCUUCGGUUCACAAAUCAGUUCAGAGAGAGGCUCUAACUUGCCCAAUAUUAAAGAGUAACAGUGCCACCUGCUCCUCUUCCCUGAUUGGCACGAUGCCAGGGAAUUGACUGGUGGCCUAAAUGGGAAAUCAAGGCAGGAAUGGCUGGAGGUGAUAGAAACCUCAGGCUGUUGUGAGCCCAACAAGAACAGACUCUGGCUGGGCAAUGGUGGUGCAUGCCUUUAAUCCCAGCACUUGGGAGGCAGAGGCAGGCAGAUUUCUUAGUUCGAGGCCAGCCUGGUCUACAGAGUGAGUUCUAGGACAGCCAGGGCUACACAGAGAAACCCUGUCUUGAAAAAACAAAACAAAACAAAACAAAACAAAACAAAACAAAACAAAACGAACAGACUCUGGAGGCAGGCUUUACUGAGCAACUCAUUCAGUUGAGGAGCACAAAUGCUAUUUAAACUUUUGGGGAGUGAGUAGGGGCACUCAGAGAGAAUGUGCAUCACUGGCCAAGGCCACAGUGAAGGGAAUAUUUUAUUUGCAUGAAAAGGACCUGAGGUGCUUGCUAUCUGGACAUGACCUUACUCAGAGAGGAAAUUUAACCUAUAACCCGAAAACUGGUGAUGACUACCUCAGAGUAGCAGAAGUGGAGCCAAAAGGCCAUGUACGUGCUCUGGAACAUACAGGCCCAGGGCAGAGAAGGAGGAGUCCUGCUCCUGCUGGCCUUAAGAUGAGAUCGUCAGGGCCUGGGCAUCACUGGUGAUCCAGGCCGGCUCUCCAGGUCGCAGGUCUCUCCUGGUUGCGGCUCCCUGCUCAUCUGGCUCCCACAACAUCACAGAGUCCCACCCAGGAGUGAAGGAUGCUGCUCUGGGUGCUCUUUGUGAUCCUCAUCCUCACCAGUGGCUCCCACUGCUCACUGCCCCCCUCACCUCCCUUCAGGAUGCAGCGACACGUAGAUGCCAUCUUCACCACCAACUACAGGAAACUCCUGAGCCAGCUGUAUGCCCGGAAAGUGAUCCAGGACAUCAUGAACAAGCAAGGGGAGAGGAUCCAGGAACAAAGGGCCAGGCUCAGCCGCCAGGAAGACAGCAUGUGGACAGAGGACAAGCAGAUGACCCUGGAGAGCAUCUUGGGAUUCCCAAGGAUGAAGCCUUCAGCGGACGCUUGAGCCCCCCGAGCCCCAAACACAACUGUACCCUGUUACUUCUGCUUCAGCUCUGACCUUUUCCGUCCUCUGUAAAUACAAUAAAACCCCCAUUCUCAUCUGCA